AUGGUAGUAAGCCCCCUCUUUCUCGAGCCGGUAUCCUGCGCACCUGUGGAAACCCGCCUCGCAGCUAUACGUGCUGCUCUAUCUGAAGGCUUCUCUCCCAACGAACUGGACCGGCGCCCCCGUGGCGUAGGUCGCCCACUGGACUGGGCGAUCGAGGAUGGCGCUGCCGCCGAUUACGCCCAUCUCAAGCAAAACCUCGCAAUUGUCCAUCUACUCCUUGGGGCCGGAGCUGAUCCCAGGCUUCCUUCUAGGUAUCCUUUUGGCUGGUCGCCGAUUGAUUCCCUGGAGGCUUGGUUCGAGCAAUAUAAGAUCAGACCGCAGGACUUCCCACCGGAGGUAUUGGUGUUGAAACCGUUCUACGAGAAGGCACUGGAAGCUAUGAGAAGGGUUGCCGAUGAGCUUGACGCAAAAGAAGUCGCUGAAGCCGCCAGAGAAGCUCAGAAGGAGGGCUCGUUGCUUGAAUACAAUCAUGCUGGCAGAGACCAGAGAGUACGGAACCUUGAAACAGCAAGCGGCAAGGUCAUGUUGACCUACAACAACGACAUCUUCAAGGACGGAAAUAUGGCUGCAUACCAAGUCUGGGCCAGAGCGCAAGUGAAUGACGGCGUGAAGCUGGUCAACAGCGCUAUCAACUCCGCAAUGACGGGGAUGGAUUUUUGUUCCUUGAUGCACGACCUGGUGCUAUAUGCUGAUUGUGGUCCUCUAGGAUACAUUCGACCCGAUUUCCUCGAGGAAACGUGCGAUUUCGAGAUGCUUGGACUGGACUUAAAUGAACUUUUCUAUUCAAAGCUCGCGUACUGGGCUUUUCCGAUUGUGUUAUUUGUUCAUGUAUAUACACAUUACAAGUAG